UGAAAGUUAGGAAUUGGGGGUGGUAGCCGUGCACGUAUUUAUUCUGCAGCAUGCCGGCACUGUCUGUUUCGUUAUCACAGCAAAGCAGCCGCAGGAAAAACAGAGAGCAGAGCUUUGUUUUAGAGAGAGUCUGGGCUUGAGGUCUGUUGUGACAAAGACGGAGUUAAUUUACUUCUGGAGAAUGUGUGUGGCAGCAGUGGGAGGCCUGAGGAGGGGCUCUGAAGGCAUUCAGUCUCCCUCCCUGUUCUAGGUGGAUGGAUAGGCUUCUUUGGUAUCACUUGUAAGUUUUCUUUUCCUGUUCCAACUCCUCCUUGGAGGGCAUAUUGGAGAGUUACGAUUUGUCUGUUUGACAGCUCAGAGAGGACUCUGUGAACGUCAUUUGGCUUGGCCAUAAAUUCCACACCUGCUCCGUAACAGUAAAGAAAAAAUGCUGCUAUCAGUGACUUCCAGGCCUGGGAUUUCGACUUUUGGCUAUAACAAGAACAACAAGAAGCUAUAUGUGGCUCAGCAAAUGGCACCUCCAAGUCCAAGGAAUAGCACCCCCAACAGCAGCGGCGGAGGCGGCGGCGGGAGUGGUGGGAACGACCAGCUGAGCAAAACCAACCUGUAUAUCCGAGGACUGCAGCCAGGCACCACUGACCAGGACCUUGUCAAGCUCUGUCAGCCGUAUGGCAAGAUUGUCUCCACUAAGGCCAUCCUGGACAAGACCACAAACAAGUGCAAAGGCUAUGGCUUUGUGGACUUCGACAGUCCGUCAUCAGCACAGAAAGCUGUAACUGCACUGAAAGCCAGUGGUGUGCAGGCACAAAUGGCAAAGCAACAGGAGCAAGACCCUACAAACUUAUACAUCUCAAACCUCCCUCUGUCAAUGGACGAGCAGGAACUGGAGGGGAUGCUGAAGCCCUUUGGCCAGGUCAUCUCUACUCGGAUCCUUCGAGACACUAGUGGGGCCAGCAGAGGGGUCGGCUUUGCAAGGAUGGAGUCAACAGAGAAGUGUGAAGCCAUCAUCACCCACUUUAAUGGAAAGUAUAUAAAGACACCCCCUGGAGUAGCAGCACCUUCUGACCCUUUGCUUUGCAAAUUUGCUGACGGUGGGCCAAAGAAACGACAGAGCCAAGGAAGAUACGUGCAAAAUGGACGGGCCUGGCCAAGGAACGGAGACAUGGGCGGUAUGGCCUUGACCUAUGACCCCACUGCUGCCCUUCAGAAUGGGUUCUACGCAGCUCCUUACAGUAUCGCCCACAGCAGGAUGCUUGCUCAAUCUGCGCUAGCCCCGUAUCUUCCAUCUCCUGUGUCUUCCUAUCAGGGCUCAGUUCUGACACCAGGGAUGGACCACCCCCUCUCUCUCCAGCCUGCCUCCAUGAUGGGACCUCUUACCCAGCAACUGGGUCACCUGUCACUCAACAGUCUGGGCACGUUCAUGCCGGCAGCUGCUGCUAUGCAUGGGGCUUACAUCUCCCAGUACCCAGCUGUGCCUUCUUCCAGUGUUUCUGCUGAGGAGAGCAAUGGCCAGCAGAAUCAACUGGCAGUGGAGCCCCCCUCAGACCACGGGGUCUAUCCUUUCCAGUUCAGCAAAUAAUGAGGUCCAGACCUGGGGAGAGAAGCCUAUGCAGUCCUCCUUGGGCUCCUUCCUGUGGCUGAUGGAACCUGAGGAAUCACGUUGGUUUUUUUUUUUGAAUGUGCUACAUUCAAGAUCAAAAAGACUUUUUUUUCUUUUGCAAAAGAAGUUUCUUGCUUUGUAUUUAAUUGCAGCGAACCUUUCUCCUACCCCAAAGACACCAGUUGAGGUGCUUCUCAUCUUCGAGAGGUUUGGGUAUGUUGGGCUUUUAAAAUGGUUUAAGAACAAUCGCAGUGCUGUGAAGUCAGUGAAGGGGCGCUGCUUGCCAGGUUCAGUUAGGGACUAUUUUCAAUGUGUGUUUUAGAUAUGCAGGCUUAAAACUUUUGUUUUGCAAAGCUCUCAACACACACUUUGCACACACCCACCCACCUCCCUCCCACGCACUGUUUAAGGCAGGGUCUCACAGUGCAGUCCUGGCUGGCUGACAAUGUAGACCAGGCUGGCUUUGAACUCAGCGAUCCUUCCCACUCUGUCUGAGUGCACCGCCAUGCCUAGCUAGUUGUUUUUUUUUUUUUGGUUUUUUUUUUUUCAAGACAGGGUUUCUCUGUGUAGCCCUGGCUGUCCUGGCGCUCACUUUGUAGACCAAGCUAGCCUCGAACUUAGAAAUCCACCUGCCUCUGCCUCCCAAGUGCUGGGAUUAAAGGCGUGCGCCACCACCGCCCGGCUAGUUGUUUUUUAAAACUUCUCCACAAUGGUCUUUUUUUCUUUUCCAUUUAGCUUAGCCUGCCUACUUUGCCUUUUUACAAUUUUUAAUUUUAUGAAUUUGAUUUAAAUUUCAUGUGGAAUUGGGGGAAGGGAGAGCAACGCACAGGUAGAGAAGUGUGGCAGUAGAGGUUGCUUUCCCUCUGCCCUCCUGGCCUAGGAGGGGUUAGACUUUGACUUCAGGAAGCAGACAUGUGACAACCAUGCAGCCUUUGGAAACCACCUUCAACCAACUCUGGUGGCAAGUGCCACUGAGAAGUGGCAUCCAGCUUCAGCAUCCUGGAUACCUGCUCUGCCUCCUGGAGGGUCUUGGGUCUUCAUCCUGCCCCAGGUCUCACAGCCCCUGCCCCUGCUGAGCAAGUUCUGCCUUCCACUUUACCAGGAGGUUGUUUUGUCCCCGAGAGGCUGCUGUCUUGUCCAUCAUCAUCCUUGAUUACCAAGCCUGGGGAGUAUCAUGUGUGCUGGUCCUGAACACCUGACAGAACCUGGCCCCACUCCUCCACCCCUUAUUCCCUGGCAGUUAUUUGGUGUAGACUAAACCCCAGUCCAGCCUUGGACAUGGAGCCUGUUAGUUCAUGUACUUGGCCAGCAGUGACAUCUGUGACUUUGCCUCCUGGAGGAUCUUUUCUGCCUGGGUUCUCACAGCCUCUCAUCCCAGCUGCACAUGGCUGUACUCAAGUGGUACUUGGCUGAAUCACUUAAUUCAGCAGGAGCCAUCUUAUUUAGCAGGGCUCACCCUUGGUUGUAUGUACAUGCCAAGUGCACACAGUUUGAAGGGAUGAAAGCAAGAACUGUUGUGUAUACUGUGCAUGCUUGAGAAUGGACUGAGCUUUCUCUAUGCAGCAUACCCAGCCCAGCCCUGGUGUUUGGACCCCUUCCCCAGGGAACCAGACCACCAGAAAUAAUUUUCCUUCUUGUGGAAGGACGACGGGGUGCUAGGAUAGAAAAAGGCAAGACUCACAGCUCCCUGGCCACUCAAAGGUCAGGAGGGACUUGUAAACAUGCCUGCCGUUAACUAUUCCCUUCUGCAAGACUUUCAGCACAAAAUGUGACUUGUUACAUCACAUCCCUUCACGUCAUAAGUACACCUCCAGUAGACAAAGCAAUGGAGAUGGGGAAGUGUGUCCAGAGGUCAGUGUGAAAGAGGAAGGGCAGGGCAUGGUGAUGGUGAGAAACUGGCUCAGCAGCUGUGCACACUACAGAAUUGGGAAUCCUGGCCUGACUGUGCUGCUGUGCGUUCUAGACUGAGGAAGGGGCUGAGGACAAUGGACAGCAUAAAGUACAAAAUGACCAGUUUUCUCAUUGGUGCUUCCAACAUCAGGAAGGUCAUACCCAGUUAUCGACCUCUAGCCCUCUAGCACUCAGUGACAGACUCAGAGCUCUGUCCUGUGGAAACCCUGCUGACAGUCUUGCUGCCACUGCUGCUCCUUCACUGCCUAUUAAAAAUUGUUCCUUUUUCUGUAGUUCUAAAGCAAUUUGAAUAACUGACAGUUUUAAAAUUUGAAAUUACCUUUUUAGGUUUUUCUUUUGAGUAUACUGGUUAGGGUUCUAGUGUUUCUGGUUGAACAGGUGUGAGCAUGGGAAAUGAGGGCAACCUGUAAUUUUGUUUUUAUAGUGGUUAAUGGCACUCACUGUGUAAUUUCUGCUUAGUGAUUUCCAUCCACUCUUUUCCUCAUUAGCUCAUUACUCAGAAAGGUAGCGACUGAAGACAGGAAGUAGUAUGCAAGCCAUGAGGGAUGAGUUGUAAGCCUCCUCUCCAUCAUCCUGCCCAAGGCUCCUAACAGUCUCCUGAGUCCUGUUUGCAUGGAGGCCAGAUAGAUGGCUCUGCACUCUAUAUCUCACCUGUACUCAUUUUAGUACAUUGUGGUUUUGCUUCCAAUCAAUCAGAGUGGACUAGAGCUCACACCUGACCUCGUGUGACUCUUCACUAGGCUCCAGGCCUAUCCCAUCUCAUUGGGUCAGACUGUAGAUGGACUGGACUUUUGGAGACAGGUCCUGCUAUUACUUAGGAAUAUGUGGGAACAAUGAUAGGGACCAAGCUUGUGAAGCAAAACGGCUUUGGAAAGGGCAAGUGCUCAAUAAUAAAAAAUGGGGUGGAAGUGAAGCGUUAUUUGCUGAGGGUUUCGGAAGGACUAGUUUGUUUUUGUCCCUGGCCCUUCCGGUCAAGUGGGCACCUCCCAUUUUGUCGCCAAGAGCAAUACAGUUGAGUAGGUGGUAGACCCAAACUCACCCAGCCAUUUCUAGACCUGAAUUCAGAGGAUAAGGUGAGUCUAGAGGUAUAUACAACCAAUGCUUGUUAGACCAAUUCUUACCAAUUCGGAGCAAGCCGGUGGCUCUACUUCUGGGUAACCUGCCUCUUAAAAGUGCCUUUGAUCCCAGUAGUAGAUUCAGGGUCUACAGGAGCCUUCCCUCAGCAGCUAAAACCAAUUUGUCUCCUCUACUCUUUGCUGCACCUCCCGGAGGUGGUCUCCAUGUGGCAGUGAUGCCCUCAUCACCCUUGUGACCACCGCUCUGAAUGUUCAAAAUAAGCAUUUCCUGUCCAAGCAAAUCCCUAAACUCCCUCGUCCUCAUUACUCAACUACCUCAGUCUGACAACUCAAGGCACACAAGCACCUACUUGCCUCCCACCAUCCUUUACUGCCCUUGUCUUUGUGGGGUUGGAACAAAUGCAAACUCCUCAGUUCCACAACCCAAAACUGCUCUUUCUGGAUCGUCUUCUCCAGUGACGUUGGCUCCCUACAAGAGCGAACUCUCCAUAUGGGUCAGUCCCUGUAGGACAAGCCAGGGACUAUGCUGUGCAGUCAAAUGCCAGGUUUGGAGCAUAGCUUAAGACCGCAGAGAGUAAGGACUUGAGUGGUGGUGGUGUGCAGUUUGAGAGAGCUGGAAUGGACGUCUCUGCUCCUGCCCUCUGGGCGGGUCGGGUGAUGACUUCUAGAUGCACUCCUUACCCUGGAGGGAAGUUAAUUUAUACUUAAGAUGCAUUUUGUACAUUUCCCCUUUACCCAGAAACCUGUAGUUUCAUACUCCCAUGUCUAUGCCAACACUACCUAUCGCUCACUCUCCGUGGCUGACUUCUGGUUCCAUUUCCUUCCUGUGACUUGGAAGAGCUUUACUUUUGCUCACGUGAACCUUUCUUUUUUAAAUAAAACACAAAAGCCUCC